GUUUCCCUUAAACAUUUCUCGCUUUAAAUUUUAUCAUUUCAUUACAUAUAUAUGACAGCUCAUAAUCUCUCCUAUUUACGUUUUGAAAAAUUGUCAAAUGGUUAGGAUCAUGCUGAAUAAGAAGUUUGCCUUAGAAUUUGCAGUACACAUCAUCUGGAAACACAGUGCUUAAGAAAACAAGAUACAGUAACUGUUAUCACAUUUUCUCAUUUAUCUGAAGAGCUGGCAUAUAUGCUUUUAAAAUUCUGAAUUAACAUAAAGUUCAGAUAUACAUGGUUUUCCAGAGAUAAAAAUCCUUACAACAUAAAGUGGAUAGUGGAAAUGGCUGAGGAGUCAAAAUCGGAAUCAGAAAGUAUUCAUUGUUUUGAAGAAGCGUUAAAGGACAAUGAAUCAAAACAAACGGCUGAAAGUGAAGCGUUCGCUCACUCUAUUGAAAACACGCCUUGUGCAGAAGUAGACGAGACUGAACUUGCAAGCACAAACGGCAAUUCAACGUCAUUUUCAUCAUCAGCAUGUGUUUCUGAAGCAUCAAGGAAGGUGCUGAACGAAGUACCACAUACAUUGGAUGAAGCAUCUGCGGAUGGCACAAAGUUUCUUCAUAAAGAUGAUUGCGCAAAGCUAAACAAUGGUGCGUUGUCAAUCGCUAUUUCUUCUACAGAUGAAACCUUGCCGUCACGGAUAACUGAUAAACCCUACAUUUACUGCUACAACAAAAGAAAAAUCGAUGUUGAUGAUGGAAAAAAAGGAAAGUGGUUGAUGUAUCGCAAUAUCAAGAAAAAGGAUGCUGACGGAAUGACGAAGUUAGACAGAGCAUGGCAGAAAGCUGUUAAACUUGUUAAAAAACUGAACUACCUAUAAUUAAAGCAAAAUGUUCUACAGCAUACGAAAGAGACGAUAUAAAUAUUUCUAAUGGUGUAAUUAUGUUUUACACUCCUGACUAUUCUAAAAAGGAAGAAGUUCGAGCGAUAGCUGAAGAAAUCUACCUGAGAGUAUGGAGAGCGAGCAUAAUAUACAAAACGGACGAGGCAAGUAGACUUGGUAUGUAUUUACAUCACGGAAAAAAACAAAUUUGCAUUUAUAAAUUCGAAAAUGGCAAAUUUCUGGAAAGAGGUACAAAGAAAAAAUGGAUUACAGUCGAAGAUUCUUCUAAUUCAAUUUCGAUACCAAUGACUCUAACACAUAAGCAAGAUGAAGAAAAUGCAGAUAAUAUAAAUAAUAAUGAUGCAUGUCCAAGUACGAAAUUAAUACUUAGAUGCGAUUCUAGUAAAACAUCAGAUGGAGCUAGCAUAUCUGAAACGCCAGCUUUUCAUCAAGCUGAAAGUAAUGACGUUAACUGAAGAUUGGAAAUCACGCGUGAUACUACAACCAAGAACUGUCAGUUCAGAUAUUAGUUGCAGAAGAACUAUAGAUGUGCAAAAAUGAAACGUAGAGCAAAUUAUACAGGUUUGCAUAAGAACCUGUGUAAUUAUGGUAACCUUUUAGAAAGACUGACAAAGCAAAUUUGAGAGGCAAGGAAUUAUUUAUGCGGCUGUGAUCAAAGUUGAAAACUGAAAAUUAUUCUUAGUUUUAAAAAGGUUUAGGAAGAUAAUAUUAUUAUGUAUUAUUUCCAGUUUUAAUAAUCUAUUUCAUUAUGAAAUCAUUCUAAAUAAAAAUAGUUUAAACUAAGGAACAGCAGCAUAAUUAUAUUUAAAAGGAAAUAAUUUUAAGUAUGAUUUACGCGUAUGAUCUGCAGAAGAACUGUUAAAUAUUGAACAGCUUUGUAUUUCGUAGGUAGAUAUGGUAGGUCAUGAUUUUAGGACACGUAAUUUUUAGUUUGCAAAAAGCAUUCUUUAAGCUUAACAUAAAAGAAUUCAAAAUUGCAGUACAGAGUUCUGAACGUCGAAAUAACUAAAACAAGCAAUAAUUAUUUUUUAUGUGUAGAAUCUGCAUGUCAAAGAUAUUUUAUAGCAGAAUAAAGCAUUAAAUUUUUUUGUA